AUGCGUUUGAAAAAGGUGUACCGAGCGAUCGAGUUUGAACAAGAACGCUGGAUGGAGCCGUACAUUGGGAUGAACACCGAAUUCAGGAAGGAAGCAAAAAGCGACUUCGAGAGCAACUUUUACAAACUGAUUAACAACUCCGUGUUUGGCAAAACCAUGGAGAACCUGAGAAACCGUGUAGAUGUGAAGAUUGUCCGAAGCUGGGCUAACCCCUCAGUUGCAAGGCAUGUGAUAUUUGGAAAUGACUUGGCAGGCAUUCACAUCCACAAAAGAGAGCUUUUCCUCAACAAGCCUGUUUACACAGGUAUGACAAUUCUCGAGAACAACAAGAUCUUGAUGUUUGACUUCUUCUAUAAUCACUUGAAAGCCAAGUACGGGCCGAAGUGCGAGCUCAUUUACACAGACACAGACGGCCUACUCUUAGAUAUCCAGACGAAAGACGUUUCCAAAGAUAUGGCGGAAGACAAUGGAAUGUAUGGCACAAGCAACUAUCCAAAAGACCAGAUGCUUUACAGUUGCUGGAACAAAAAGGUUCUGGGCAAGAUGAAGGAUGAGUGCGAGGGAAGGUUGAUCAAGGAGGCGAUCGCCAUGAGGCCUAAAAUGUAUUCGGUCUUGGAAGAAAACCAGAAAAAUAUCAGGAAAGCCAAUGGGGUGAAAAAGGAUGUGGUGGAACGAGAAGUUAGGCACGAGCACUACAAAGAAGCGCUUUUCGAGAAAAAGCAAUUCUGGCUCGGAAUUAACCUUCUGCGCAGCGAGGGCCACGAGACAUACAGCAUGCGUGUGAAUAAGGUUUCACUUUCGCCCUUUGAUACAAAGCGUUGGAUAUCGGAUAACGCCGUGCACACAUUGCAUACGGGCGCAAAGAUAUCAAGAUUAAGCAUGCGGAAGCUGUGUAUUUGA